UGCAAGAACUGCCUAAUGUCUCUCAUAUUAUCGACAUUAGCGCACUCCAAAUAGCACUCCGAACGUGCGCAUGCGCGCAUUUUACUGUAUCUUGACAACGUGCGUGACCAUGUGGUCCGACUGACUGCCCUGAGUUGCGUGAUAUUUUUGCGUAUUUUAUUGCGUGAAGUGUGUGUAAAAAUAGUGUAUGUAAUACAGAACAAUAAUUAUUUCCUGCUAAGCAGUUCACAUUUUAUUCACGAUGGCAAUUCAAGAAAUGGACAUUUGUUUAAACGUAACGGCAGAGCCAGUUGUUACCGCGAAGAAGGUAGGCGCUAGGUUAGGUUAUGAGAAAAAAGACAAGGUAGGUAAGACUUUGGUUAAAAGAUUGAAGCACCAAUCUUUGCAAGAAGGUACAACCGUUAAUAAUAAGGAAUCGAAAAGAAAUAUGAAUACACAAAAGAUGGGAGGUAAAACAAGAAUUAAACAGAAAUCUCUAUCGGAUAUCUUUGCUAAGAAAUUAAAAGACACAAAUGCUAUUGCUCGUAAUAUACCACAACAGUCACAGGUUUCAUCUCAAGCUAAAAAUACAGAAGCUAAAGUUGUAGAAACAGGAAAGAUUAAACAAUCUGAUACAAUAGACAAAAAAGCUCCAGCAUCUGACAAAAUUCCAUCCACUGUAAGUUCUGAAAGCACAAAUGAACCGAUGGUAUCCUUUACAAAGGUGCUAAAAGGAGAUAUUGGUAAAACUUUGUUAGUUAGAAAGAGACAUGCAUCAGGGAAUGAACAAAAGAAAUCUCUUUCCGACAUAUUCUCAAGUCAAAUAAAGAAUCAGACGCAAUUAAAUAUAAACACGAUUCAAAAGCAUGACAUUAGUAGAAGUAAUGUGCAGGACAAAGAAUCUGAAAUAGCAGCUAACGAACCAUCCGCUUCAAGAGGUAAAAAGGGAAGAGCAGAAAAUGAUGGACAAAAAGGAAAGGAUAGAAAUAAAAAAAUUGGAAAGAAAUAUAAAGAAAAGUUAGCAAAUGAUGACAGGGACUUAGACAAGAAUCCAAGAUUAUCGCACAGACCUGGAGGAAAAAUCUCCUCCUUGUUUGGCAAUAAUCCUGAUAUACCGACCAUAGGCCAGAGAUUCGUGAAACCUGUGGAUGAGCCAAUUUUUACAGAGAUUACUUUUGAAGAUCUCAAUAUUCAUUCACAUAUGAUAUCAAAUUUAGCACAAAAUAUGAAUAUUACAAAGAUGACUACGGUUCAACAGAAAGCGAUUCCUCAAAUAUUCUCAGCUAAGGAUAUUUUAGUAAGAUCUCAGACAGGUUCUGGGAAAACAUUAGCAUAUGCCAUACCCAUUGUUGAAUUAUUACACAAAAUCAGGCCCAAGUUAAAUAGAAACUCUGGUUUGUUGGCUCUUAUAGUUGUGCCAACAAGAGAAUUGACUUUACAAACAUACGAGUGUUUCAUAAAAUUGGUUAAACCAUUUACAUGGAUCGUACCGGGAUAUUUAAUUGGUGGAGAAAAGAGAAAAGCAGAAAAGGCUCGAUUGAGGAAAGGAUGUAACGUGUUAAUAGCUACUCCCGGUAGAUUAUUAGAUCACAUGCAGAACACGAAAGCAUUGAAAUUGCAUGAGGUGAAAUAUUUUGUGUUAGACGAAGCUGAUAGAAUGCUCGAUAUGGGAUAUGAAAAAGACAUCUCUGGGAUAGUGAGCGCUUUAAAAGUAUCAAGUACUAACAAAGACGAAUCAGGAUACGAUCCUAUAAAAAAGCAAAAUAUUAAAAAGGUGUAUACAGACGAAGAUAUCGAAACUCUAAAACAGGAAAGUACGGAAGAAAAAGAUGAUGAAAUAACAAAAGGCAGUGCCGAUAAUGAAAAACAAAAACAGACGUAUCAUUCUAGUGAUGACGAAGAAACCUCCAACUAUGCUGUUCCAAUGAAGAAAAAACAAAAAGGUACAAAACAUUCUAUUGCGGUUGAAAAAUCCGUCUCGGAAGCGGAAAGUACUCGAGACAUCGAGCAAAAUCGCGAAGAUAAAGAUCAAUCGAGAAGACAGACGAUUCUACUUUCCGCGACAUUAACGCAAGCCGUCGAAAAAUUAGCGGGUCUGGCGAUGCGGAGCCCGAUCUUCGUUGACGCGGCUAAAGCAAAUCUAGAAAUGAGUGCCGGAGACGUCAGUGAGAUCAAUGAAGAUUUGGUAGUGCCGCAAAGUGUGAGCCAAAAUUACAUAGUCACUCCACCUAAAUUAAGAAUGGUCACUUUGAGUGCUUAUAUCGCCGGAAAGUGUCAGACUCCCGGACAGCACAAAAUACUGAUAUUUAUGGCCACGCAAGACAUGGUGGACUAUCAUACCGAGAUUUUAUCAUCUAUCCUUACGAAACCGAUCAACGACGAUGACGAAGACUCCGAUCCGUUGGUUGACGUAGAAUUUUUUAAACUGUACGGUAACAUGCCGCAGAAAGAAAGGACGGAAGUUUUCAAAACGUUCAGGCAAGCGAAAAGCGGAGUACUACUGUGCACGGAUGUCGCAGCACGAGGAUUGGACAUGCCCAAGGUGGACUGCGUCGUUCAGUAUACGGGACCGACUUCGGCCAGGGAUUACGUUCAUCGAAUCGGUAGGACCGCACGCGCCGGGUCCUCCGGCACGGGGACGAUCUUCCUGACGCCCUCGGAGAUCGACUUCGUACGGAUGCUCGAGUCGAGGCGUAUCAGAAUCAAACAGCAGGACAUGAACGAUGUCUUGGACAAGCUGUUGGGGCCUCUUUCUAAGCACAACUCUGUGCAAGCGGCGGCUACCGCUCUUCAAAACGACUUUGAGAAUCUGCUCUUGGAGAAUCGGCAGCUUAACGCGAAAGCGUGCAAAGCGUACGCCUCCUGGGUGUGUUUCUAUUCGAGUUACCCCCGCGACAUGCGCGAGAUAUUCAAUCGGAAGGCGCUUCACUUGGGUCACUAUGCGAAGAGUUUCGCAUUGAGGGAUCCGCCGCAGCGAAUCGGCGGGAUCAGCAAGAGACUACGCGAAGAAGAGAGCUCGAGGCCCAAGCACAACAAUCGACUGUCAAACAAGCCAUCCGACGGAGUGUCACAAAAGGUACCAAAGGGUCAAGACGGCGAGGGACAAAGAACGGGGUUACUGAAGAGGGUCAGGAUGCUCAAUACCUCCGAGUACGACAGUGGCCUCGAACCCCUGAAGAAGCCAAAGAAGCAACCGGGAGCUUCGCGCUGAUCGCGACUCGACACAUUGUAAACAGAAUGCGAUCUCACACCUUGCAAACGCGCAUUCUUUCUCUGUUUUACCCUUUAUCGAAACUGACUAUUCCGUUACGGAAUGUAUAUUUCAAGCUCUGUUGAUACUUACAAUUUACAUUCUUAGA